UUUUAUUAAAAAUGAAAAGUCAAAAAGAUUAAAAACCUUUUAAUAUAAAGCUAGGCCAGAACAAACUCAGAAGAAAAAACCAACUCCAAAAAGUAAGCGAAGGCGUCGUUAAUCAAAGAUAAUAUGGCGGCAACAAACGAUAUUCAAGCAGCCCUAAAACCCUUUCAUCAAAGAGCUAUCCAAGCUGAGGAACGGUUAGCAAGACUUGAAGCUGCAUUUGCUAAAACGAAAGUGUCUGGAAAUGAGCAAGUAUCGGAUAAAGUAACGCAACUGGAAAGAAUGUUAGAAGAUGCAAAGUCAGAGCAACUUGCCGAAAGGGAAAAGGCUUUGAAGGAGCUACACAAGGUUACUGACGAGAAUGCCAAACUCCGUUACCGUAUAAUUCAUUUAGUCCGAGCAUUAGAGGAUGCUGAUAGGUGUUCAGCUUCGAAAUGAAGCGAGCCUCUUUGAGGUGUCCAUUUUUUCUUAUCAUUUAGAUGUCAUUUAUUCACAAACACGAGUGAGAACCCUCUCUUUCUUGACCUAUUAUGUUCGAGUCUCACCUGUUUCUUCGUUUCUUGAUAACUUUUGGUUCACAUUUGGAAAAAGUAACACAGAUAAUCCAUUCCCAACUUAUGUAA